AUGGAAAAUCUUAGCCUGAAAUUAAAGCUUCAUCUUCCAAAUUCCCCUCACCCUUCUUGUUCUCUUUUCACUCCAAAAAACCAUCAACUAUUCAUCAAACCAAACAAAGUGCUACGCAUCAAAAACAUGAAACACACACCUUCAAAAUCUGCUGCUGUAAAACUCAGAAAACAAACUCCAAUUAUGGACAGUGCACCAAUGAAACUUCAAGUUCAUGAAAAUCUUGAAAAUGAAAAUUCAAGGGUUGUGAUAAUAGGAGCAGUUUCUUUUGGAGUUUUGUUGCUUUUGGGUGGAAUGGAUGAACAUAAGGCAUUGGCUUUGGGACCUGAAGGGCCACUUGUUGAGGAGUUUUGGGACAAUGUUAGAAGGUAUGGAUUGUAUGCACUGACUGUUAGUACAGGUGCUAUUUAUACAAUCAUGGUGCCUAUAUUUGAGCUUCUCAAGAAUCCAAUCACUGCUAUUUUGAUUGUGGCUAUUUUUGUAGGUGGGUUUUAUAUUGUUUCUCAAGUUCUUUCUGCUAUGGUUGGGAUUUCUGAUUUUAGUUAUGAUUAUGGAAACUAG